GGAGCAGGGCCGCAGAUGCCGAGUCACGGCCGGACCGGUUCUCUUGAACCAGGCGAGAGCCGGGUGGGAAGCGGCAGCCCCCGGACACGUCCCCUGUGGCAAGGACGCGGAGGGAAGGAUGGUCGCGGGGCAGUGCUGGUUCUGAUCUGCUUUCCCAAGUGAGUGUGGUGUGGCUGGAGCCAACAUCUAACAAUGAGUGGUGCAGCGCUGGGCCUUGAGAUAGUGUUUGUCUUUUUCCUGGCCUUAUUCCUGCUUCACCGGUAUGGAGACUUCAAGAAACAGCAUAGGCUGGUGAUCAUAGCAACAUUAUUAGCUUGGUAUCUCUGCUUCCUGAUUGUAUUCAUACUGCCUCUGGAUGUCAGUACGACUAUAUAUAAUCGAUGCAAACUUGCGGUUAACUCCAGUCCUGCAGAAAGUAAUGGCUCUUACGUUACUCUUGCUCCAAGCAAGCAAAAAUGUUUCAAACCUUGGAGUUAUAUUCCUGAUGGAAUUAUGCCAAUUUUUUGGCGUGUUGUAUAUUGGACAUCUCAGUUUCUAACAUGGAUUCUGUUACCUUUCAUGCAGUCAUAUGCUAGAUCAGGAGGGUUCUCUAUCACUGGAAAGAUUAAAACUGCUUUGAUUGAGAAUGCAAUCUAUUAUGGCACUUACUUGCUGAUUUUUGGAGCAUUUCUAAUAUAUGUGGCUGUAAACCCAAACUUCAAUUUACAAUGGAACCAGCUUCAGACUAUUGGAAUAGCUGCUGCAAACACAUGGGGUCUGUUCCUUCUUGUGUUGCUUUUGGGUUAUGGUUUGGUGGAAAUCCCUCGUUCUCACUGGAAUGGGGCCAAAAGGGGUUAUCUGCUCAUGAAGACUUAUUUCAAAGCUGCCAAACUGAUGACUGAAAAAGCAGAUGCAGAGGAGAAUUUAGAGGAUAUUAUGGAGGAAGUCCGUAAAGUAAGUGAGAGUAUCAAAUAUAACCACCCCUUGAGGAAAUGUGUUGAUACAAUACUGAAAAAGUGCCCUACUGAGUACCAGGAAAGAAUGGGUAGAAACAUGGAUGAUUAUGAAGAUUUUGAUGAAAGACAGAACAGUUAUCCCAGUGAAAAAAGUUUGGCCAAACUUCACAAGCAGGUAAUCUAUUCAGUGCAGAGACAUCGUCGUACACAGGUCCAGUGGCAAAUUCUUUUAGAGCAAGCAUUUUACCUGGAAGAUGUGGCAAAAAAUGAAAGCAGUGCAACUCGACAGUUUGUUCAUACCUUUCAUUCCCAGGAACCAGAAAAUAAAAUUAUUCAGUACUUCUAUACACCAACGGUUGAGUGGUACUGGGAAUGCCUUCUCCGACCAUGGUUUUACAGAGUGCUUGCAGUUGUGCUAGCCACAUUCUCUGUAAUUGUUGUGUGGUCAGAGUGCACAUUUUUCAGCACAAAACCAGUUCUGUCACUAUUUGCGGUUUUCAUACAGCUGGCAGAGAAGACAUAUAAUUAUAUAUACAUAGAGAUGGCCUGCUUUCUUACAAUCUUUUUCCUAAGUAUCUGUGUUUACUCUACUGUCUUCAGGAUCCGUGUAUUUAAUUAUUAUUACUUAGCUUCACAUCAUCAGACAGAUGCAUACAGUCUGCUUUUCAGUGGCAUGUUAUUUUGCCGUCUUACUCCACCAUUGUGCUUGAACUUUCUGGGCUUGACCCAUAUGGAUGCAACAAUCUCUCACAAAAACACUCAGCCAACUGCUUAUACAUCUAUAAUGGGAUCCAUGAGAGUGCUGUCCUUCAUUGCAGAUGGAUUCUAUAUAUACUACCCAAUGCUUGUUGUCAUUCUCUGUAUUGCUACAUACUUCAGUUUAGGAACUCGUUGUUUGAAUCUUUUGGGAUUCCAGCAGUUUAUGGGUGAUAGCGAAAUGACCUCUGAUUUGAUUGAUGAAGGAAAAGAGCUUAUCAGAAGAGAGAAAAGAAAACGACAGAGGCAGGAAGAAGGUGAAAACAGAAGAAGGGAAUGGAAGGAGCGGUAUGGAAAUAGAGAUGAUUCCACCAGAAGCAGAACUGUCCACACAGACCAGAAAGAAUCCAGCUUCUCGGAGACAAAUGCCAAUAGAUCACUAUCAAAGUAUAAUCGUUCAAAUGGUAGGACUGAAAGAGAUAGAAUAGAACUCCUCCAGGAUGCAGAACCUUUGGAUUUUAAUGCAGACUCUGUUAAUGACGACCCCCUUGAAUCAGACUCAGGAAGGUACCAGCCUGGUGGAAGAUACUUGUCAAUGUCUCGAAGCAAAAUAUUUGAUGAUGUCUAAGCUCAUCAAAGCUAAAGAAAAUUCAGUGGAAAUCUAGCUCCUACUCAUUGCUUGGAAAAUUCUGUAUUUGUGAAACACUGAACCCAUCAAAGACUCAUUAAAAAAAAAAAAAAACCAAACAUGAAGGAACAACUCUUUUGGAAAUGCACGUGUAUAACUUCACCACUUGUGACGGGAAUAUGCUUCUGCUAUUGUAGAUACUGUUGUGCAUCAGUGUGGGCUUUUGUGUCAUGACCAAAAGGAGAAAACUAUUUAAAGUUAAUAGAUGGUAAACUUGUAAAUAUACCUAGGGCUCAAGUUGAACUGCAGCAGUCUAAGUUUGUGGAAGAGAUUCUUGGAAUUUUUUAUUCUGUAUUUCAACCAGUGAGUUUUAACCAGAGAGCAUAUUGAUGCAUCCAAAGUGCAGUUAUAUCAAUUACUAAAAUAAAUACUUUUUAUCAUUUUUCUAUUUGGACUUUAUGCCCAGUCCAAAAUCUGCCUUCAGUGGUAUUUGAAUCAGACGCCAUAUAAGAAGAAAGCCUGAAUGGCAGACUUUCUUCAUAAAAAUCGUAAAAUACAAGUUCCAGUAUUUAGAGGGCUACAAAAGAGACUAUGACUUGCUUUUUUAUAAGGAGUCACAUGGAAAAGACAAGAUGUCAUAGGCACAAGUUACUCCUAGUGAGAUUCCAGUCGGACACAAUUGGAAAUUUUUGUGCAAUUAGAACAAUCAGCCAUUGGAGUAAUGUCUGCAGAGAAGUAGAUGUCCCCAACAUUGAACAGUUCUAAAAUUUUGCUGGACAAGGUGCUUGGUCAUCUUGUCUACACUAUGCUUUUGCUGAGAAAGGUUGGACUGUAAAAUCAUAGUCGCAGAGCAGUUUGGGUUGCAAGAAACCUUAAAGAUCAUCUCAUCUCAUGUCCCUCUGCCAUGGGCAGGACACCUAGUCCAGGUUGGUUGCUCAGCCCUCCAUCCAGCCUGGCCUUGAACAUUCCCUGGGUUGGGGCAUCCACAAGUUUUGUGGCAGCCUGUGCCGGUGCCUCACCACCCAUGCAGGGAAUAAUUUCUUAAGAUAUCUAAUCUAAAUCUAUCCUCUUUCAAUUUUCACCAAUUUCCUCUUGUCCUAUCACUACACUUCCUGAUGGAGAGUCCCUCUCCAGCUUCCUGGUAGGUACCUUCAGGCACUGGAGGGUUUCUAUGAGGUCUCCAUAAAACCUUCUCUUUACCAGGCUGAACAGCCCCAACUUUCUCAGCCUGUCUUUCAUUGAGGGAGGUGCUCCAGUCCUCUCACCAACCUGGUAGCCUCCUCUGGACUCAUUCUAACAGAUCCCUGUCCCUCCUGUGCUGGAUGCAGUGCUCCAGGUGGGUCUCAGCAGAGCAGAGGGGCAGAGGACACAUUUUGCUCUCUGGGCUGUGAGUGCCAUGGCUGGGGCAUGUCCGGCCUCUCACCCAGCAGCACGCCCAAGUCCUUCUGGGUAGGGCUGCUCAGUUUGUUCUCUGCCCAACCUGUAAGCUGUGCCUGGGAUUGCAGUGACCCAGGUGUAAAACUUUGCCCUUGCUUUGAACAGACCCACCUUUCAAGCCUGUCCUGCACGGCUUCCCUUUCCUCCAGUAUUGACUGCAACACACAGCUUGCUGUCAACAGAUAAUCCUUGAGGUUCCUUCCAUCCUCGUACUCUACAAUUCCAUGAAAUAUUCUUGGCAUAAAUUUUGGAGCGAUAUGUGUUGGUCAAGAAAGGCUGUAUUUUUUUCUUUUCCAACAUUAUAUGCAGAUAAACGAUUUUAGCAUGUGUAAAUAGUUGAAAUUGAAUAUGGACCUGAGUAUCACUGUCAUAUGAGCGUAUGUGCAAUAGCAGGAAUACAUUAUUGAAGAUACAGUGUCUGCUUAAGAUCUUUACAGAUGUAAUGAUUCAAAAUCUUGGCACACUAGUGUUUUUGUAAUUGUAAAAGAAACAUGCUAUGAAAAUAGAGUUGCAUACUGAAACAUGAUAAUUUGCACGCACCUCAGGCACGGCUUCAAACUGCAGAGUGUUUCUUUGAAAGAAGGGAAUACAUAGCAUGACUAGGUAAUAGCAAACACUUUUUAUAUCCUGAAUACCCUGGUUGCAUUAUCAGUUUUUAAGGUGCCUGCAUUUUGCAGUCAGUUGUUGCAAAAAGAAUAAUACUUUGCCAUUCAAAAAUGCCAAUUAUUAACAGUGUAAAAAGGCUUCAUUAUUAAUUUCAUUAUUCUAGGCAUAUUUUUAAACUGUAGAUAGUUGAAUGAAUUUUCAAAUGUAAUCAUUAGGUAAAAGAUGUGGUCAAAUUCAUUAUAACUUUGGUAAUUUGAAUAAUUUAAAAUGUUGCUUUUUUCCAGUUUGUCUGAAGUCUUUACCACUUGGGAGCUUUCUUAGGUGCUUAUUGCAAAGUUACGUUGAAAACUGAAAGAACAUGUUUAUAUCAUACAUUCUUUAUCAUGCUUAAAAAACACAUCCCUUAAAGCAGCUAGGAAUGAGUUAUUCUGAAAAAUAAGUUUUCAUGAAUGAUAUAUUCUGCUAAUUUUUAAAAAUAGUCUGUGCUUUCUCAAGUAAUUGUUUAUGGGGAUCUAACUCUACCUCGUGUGAUUUUAGUAUACACGUUUUAACAGCAGUGGUGUUUGUAAUACAUUGAUCUGCCUGUUUUGAAACACUGAAUUGUUACUAUGAAGGAGAAAAAAAUCUUUAUUUGUAUAGAAGUAAUUGUAUUAAUAAAUUGGCGACAUACAA